AGAGGCUCUAGAUCUUUGUCUGGAUAAUCAAGUUAUAAUUUAUUCCCAUUGACUUGGAAUUCCCGGCCAAACGUCAAACACGUGUGGUUGUUUGUUUUCGGAUUGGGGAAAUUCGAACUGUGCUCAAUGUAUGUGUUUAUCCCAUGAGAGGAAAGAAUCCUUGGGCUGGCCCAGGAUGACAGUUAUUAUAUAGAGCUUGCACUAUUAGAAGGAAGACUACAAAUAUUUAUGAACAAUGGCUUCAACAAAUUUGCUUCAAGCAAUGAAACAAAUUUUGGUAGCACAUGGAUUUUGGUUGGAAAAGUCUUGUCUUCAUGGUCAGCAGAAUAUUUCCAAAAUGAAUUAUGGUACCCCAGGGGCACUGUUAAGAAGAAAUAUUAAAACAGAAUGGUAUGAUAAUGUCAUUAGUAGUGAUAGUAAUGUAUUUCCAGUGGAAAACAAUAUUAUUAGUGACGUUACAGAAGAAUCAAGUAUAGAUAAAAGAAAGUUUAAACUAUCUUGUGUAAAUAAUGAAGAAAUGAGGCAUUGGUUUAUGAGAAGAAAUUUUACAGAAGAUAUGUUAGAACAUUACAUACCCUCUUUAAAUUUAGUGAAUGGCCGUCUACCAUUUACCCUAGUUCAAAUUGGAAAAAUAUAUAAUGAGGAUCCCGAUGAAAAUUCUGAUGCUCUGUGGAACCGGAUUAUAGAAGAGACAAUUAUGGCUGUACAACAUUAUACAGCACCAAGUAACAUGUUUCAAACACUGGAUCAGUGGAUUGUUAAUAGACUACGAUGGUGGAAAAAGUUUUUAAGUAACCCAGGAGAGCUCUCUACAGUUGAAGUAAAAUCAGAAAGUAGUGAUAUAACCAUGACAAAAAUACAGUAUAAAUGCCCAUGGGGAUUAGAAACUAUUGAAACUGUAUGCAAUAUACAAGAUCAACAUUUACAAAACUUAGAAACGAAAACAGGUAUUAGUUGUAAGGGCAAAUGGAUGAGAAAGACUGUUUUGCCUCAUGUUCUUCAUUUGCAGACAUCUUUAGAAAAAAGUAUGAUGGCAAUUUUGGUUGAUAGUUUUAAAGAAAAAGAGAUAUUUUCCACUAAAUCGGUCAAAAAACAAGAUCCUAGAUAUGUACUACAGUUACAUACUCACCUAGCACCAUUUAAAGUGGCAUUAGCAACCAGUGGUAAUAAAACCAAAGAGAUAAGACAUUUGGCAGAUCACUUUCUGCAAGAACUCAGGCAAAAUGGAAUGAUGGUUUUAGAUGUAUCAGAUUCCAAUGGCCAAACCAGCCAGUUCAAAAGAUAUGAUGAGCUAGGAAUUCCAUAUACUGUUAUUAUGAAUGAUCAAACAUUAGAUACAGGUGUUGUUGGAUUAAGAAAUCGUGAUACAAAUCUUCGGGAACAGCUUCAUGUUAGCAACAUUACUGAGAAACUUGUCAAAUACCUGAGACCAAUAUGAUGUGCUGUUUACAUUAUUUCCUGGAAAAUCAUCACAGAGUAAAACCUCACCCCUUUGGGUGAUGGAGUCCCAGUAGUCAAAAAUUGACCAGAGCACAGGCGAACCAGCUGCUCAGAAAUCUUCCUGACACUUUUAGACAGAUAUUUGUGCUGUGCAAAAAUGAAUUAAAAACAUCAGUUAUUUGAUAAAAGAUAAAAGUUCUUAGUGAUAAUAUAUUUGUAUGCAUUUUAUUGUUUUCAAGAGAUAUAUUUUACAAACAGAAACAUGAUUUGGGGAAUUUACACGAAUCAUGUUUUCCCAAAUUGUCAUGCAAGACAAGAAAGAACAAAGACAUGCAUGCAAUUCAAAUUAAAUAAUUUUCAUGGAUAUGAAAUAGUGUUCAUAGUAAAAUGAGGGUGAUUUGAAAUAUAUUUUCAUGUAUUUUUAAUACUUGAAAUAUAUUUUUAUUGUAUUGUUAAUAUAGAUUUAUACAGUUCACCUCAAUGCUGUAAAUAAAUUAUAUACAUAAAUGAAAUAAAGGGAUCUGUAUUUCUGAUAUUCAUUUGGAAAAAAUAUACAAUUUUAAAGAUGGUAAAAGGUACACCAAAGUAAAAAUUCAUAUACAAUUUUGUUGAAUUCCUAUAAAGUCCAUGUUGUAUAUUGUUAGAUACUAAUCUUCCUAGGUUUCUUUUAAAUAAAGAGAUUUACACACAUAAAAACAUCACUUUAAUAACAGACUAGUCAACUCUCUGGAUCGAUUGUACCAAUACCCAUCGGCCAUCCUGAUAUUUUGAUAGACAAAUGAUCUUGUCGAAUAUCGCCUCAUGUAUUUAAGCUCGCAGCACGUCAACAUGGAAAAUCCCUGAUCAACAUAAAACCAGACUGAGUUUCUAUACUAGCAGAAUUUUUUGUAUCUCAA